AUGGCUCCGGAACACUACCGCCGCCCGCCUCAGGCCCCACCUGUCUUCACAGCAACCGCUCAGUCGAUCGUUGAUGAUGCUAAGCGCCUCAUCGAGACAUCGCGCAAGGCCCAAGAUGACGUCGUCGCCAAUACCAAGCCUGAGACGGCUACAUUCGACUCGGUCUUGAAGCCGCUGGUCCAUGACGAGAACAACAUGGCGCUGGAAGCUCACAUCCUCAGCUUUUACCAGGCGGUAUCGACCGAACAGGAGUUACGCGAUGCUUCGUCCAAGGCAGAGGCAGAGCUGGACGAAUUCUUCAUUGAGACAGUCAUGCGCGAGGAUGUUUUCAAGCUCGUCGAUGCCGUGCUGAACAAGAACGAAACCCUCGACCCCGAGUCCCGCCGCCUCUUGGAGAAGGAGCACAAGAGUUACAUUCGCAACGGACUGGGUCUUCCUGCGGGACCUAAGAGGGACCGCUUCAAGGAAAUCAAGAAGCGUCUGAGUCAGAUCAGCAUUGAGUUUCAGAAGAACUUGAAUGAGGAAAAUGAGGGUAUCUGGUUCACCCCCGAACAACUGGACGGUGUGCCAGAGGAUGUGCUAUCUGGUUUGAAGAAGGGUGAGGGAGAGAACGAGGGCAAGCUCUGGCUGACCUUCAAGUAUCCGGAUCUCUUCCCUACAAUGAAGUAUGCCAAGAACCCCGAGACCCGCAAGGAGGUGAUGAUUCAAAACGAGAACAAAUGUAACCAGAAUGCACCCCUGUUCCGCGAGGCUAUUAUCUUGCGCGAUGAGGCUGCCCGCCUCCUAGGAUACCCCAACCAUGCGGCGUUCCGCAUUGAGGACAAGAUGGCAAAGACCCCGAACACGGUCAACACCUUCUUGGGAGAUCUGCGGAGUCGUCUGACGGCCGGUGGCCAAAAGGAGAUCAAGAGCCUACUGGAUUUCAAGAAGAACGAUCUUGAGGCUCGUGGCGAGACUUUCGAUGGUAAAUACUACCUAUGGGAUCACCGGUUCUACGAUCGUUUGAUGCUGGAGAAGGACUACUCCCUCGACCAGCAGCUCAUUGCCGAGUAUUUCCCUCUCCAGACCACUAUUGAGGGCAUGCUGAAGAUAUUCGAGGAGCUGUUCGGUCUGGAGUUCGUGGAGAUCACCGGCGAUGACCGGGCUAAGGUCGCUCCCUCCGGCAAGGGAAGUGACAUUGUCUGGCAUGAGGAUGUGCAGAUCUUCAGUGUCUGGAACGACCAGGGUGAGGGUAGCGGGUUCGUCGGCUAUCUUUACCUGGACCUCUUCCCUCGGAGCGGUAAAUAUGGUCACGCCGCCAACUUCAACCUGCAGCCCGGGUUUAUCGACAAGGACGGUAAGCGUCGGUAUCCAGCCACCGCCCUGGUGUGCAACUUCACCAAGCCGACACCGAAGAAGCCUAGUCUGCUCAAGCACGACGAGGUCGUCACACUGUUCCAUGAGUUGGGCCACGGUAUUCAUGACCUCGUGUCCAAGACCAUUUACUCGCGAUUUCACGGAACCAAUACCGUGCGUGACUUCGUCGAGGCGCCCAGUCAGAUGUUGGAGAACUGGUGCUGGACUCCGUCACAACUCAAGUCCCUCAGCAAGCACUACGCGUCACUAUCACCUGAGUACCUCGCGGCGUGGAAGGAACAGGCCGGUGACAAGCCCCAGCCGGCCGAGCAGAUCCCAGAUGAGGUGAUUGAGAACCUGAUCCGGACGAAGCAUGUCAACGAUGCUCUGUUCAACCUGCGCCAGCUGCACUUCGGCAUCUUCGACAUGACGGUACAUGAGCCCAAGAGUCACGAGGACAUCAAGAAGCUGCCGAUCUCAGCCACCUACAACCAGUUGCGCAAGCAGAUCACCCAAAUGGACGGACCGGAGAGCUUGGGCCUGGGCGAUGAAUGGGGACACGGUGAGGCGACUUUCGGACACUUGAUCGGUGGUUAUGACGCCGGUUACUAUGGAUACUUGAGUUCCCAAGUUUACUCCACCGAUAUGUUCUACACUGUCUUCAAGGAAGACCCGAUGAACCCAACCGCCGGCCGACGCUACCGCUACCAGGUUCUGGAGAAGGGAGGCAGCCAGGAUGAGAUGACGACCUUGACGGAGUUCUUAGGCCGCGAGCCUAAGACGGAUGCAUUCUACAAGGAUAUGGGACUGGCUUAA